AUGUCUAAUUAUGCAAAAUUCAUGAAAGAUAUUUUGUCAAAGAAGAAUAAGUUUAAGAAAUAUGAAAUGAUUAGUCUGACAGAAGAGUGCAGUGUUGUGCUGCAGAAAAAGUUACCACAAAAGCUCAAGGAUCCAAGGAGUUUUACUCUCCCUUGCACUAUUGGUUCAUUGAGUGUUGCUAGAGUUUUGUGUGGUUUAGGUGCUUCCAUUAAUUUGAUGCCUUUACCUAUUUUCAGGAAGCUUGAUGUUGGAGAAGUGCAAUCCACUACGAUUUCUUUGCAGCUAGCUGAUAGAUCUUUGACAUAUCCUCGAGGUAUUGUUCAAGAUGUUUUAGUCAAGGUUGACAAGUUUAUUUUUCUUGCAGACUUCAUGGUGCCAGACAUAGAGGAGGACUUUGAAAUUCCUAUCAUUUUGGGCCAUCCAGUCUUAGCCACUAGAAGAGCUUUGAUUGAUGUCCAAAAAGGUGAAUUAACUCUGAGGGUGAAUGAUAAAAAAGUGGCAUUUAAUAUCUAUAGGUCAUUGAAACAUCAUGAUGAGGUCACUUCUUACAAUAUGAUAGAUAUGAUUGAUAGAAUUGUUGAGGAGCAUGCUAAUGUCUUACUUGUUAGAGAAUAUUUAGGACAUAACAUUUUAGAUUUUGGUCGUGAUGAUGUCGAUACAUGGUUGGAUGACAUUGCUCUGUAUGUUAAAUGGCUUGUAGGUUAUUCUUACUAUUACUUCUUAGAUGGAUAUUCAGGGUAUAAUCAGAUUGCCAUUGCUCCUGAGGAUUAG